UGUUUCAUAAAACGCGGAAUCGGUAGAGCUGUCCUGUUGUUAUGUAGUUCAUUGUUAUUGUUUAAUUUCUUAGUAGUUCACCGUCCUCGCACAUUUUCUAAGCAUAACGUUUAAGCGUCUUAAGAUAAAUUUAGUAUUUUUACUAGUUGGGUCUGCUGCUGUUAAAAAGCCAAAGAAUGAGUGACGAAGACAAGAGAAGCACCAAGAAAAUAAAAAGAAAAUUAAGUGAGGGGGACACCACGGCGCCUACCAGAAAGAGACCGAAAAUAAAAGAAAAACACGAUACUGGUAAACUGGACACCACGAAAGCCAAAGUCAAGCUCUCUGGCACGGACAAACAUGGAUCUGCCCAAUCAACAGACGGGUCUAAAAAUGAGAAGAAAAAACAGUCCGAGGGAGGCAAAAACACAUAUGAAGAAAAGAGGAACGUUAAAGGACAACUUGUGUUUAAAGACCACCCAGAGUUCACACCUAGCAUGACUCCCAAAGAGGUUUUGCAGGCAGGCAGUUUUGGGGGCACCUAUUUCAGGCCAAUCUACUCCAGCGUCACAAAGCAACACUAUAAAGACGUUUGGCAAGAGCUUCCCAAAGACUGGCUGGAAGGGCUUACAAUCUCUUCACAGGUAGCAUCAUCAACAUACAGGGAAAAUGUGAACACCUACAAGGUGAAGUGCGGAGGCAGUCUAGAGAUGUGGGAAAGCAGUGGAUGGAUUGUUCCUCAAGACCCAUAUGGAUGGUUCCAGUGGUACUGCAGAUUUUACCAGGGCCGAAGAACACAGGAUGAUGAACGCCAGAUCAGUCGGUGGGCCAAAUGUGCAGGUGUCAGAGGUCGUUGGCGGAAUAACCUCAUUACAAAAGUGGUUCGGUCCGGUUGUAAAUAUGAUAACUUCAGCGUUUCCCCAGUUGUGAGACAGACUCUUCAACACUGGGGCUACAGACUCACUAUGGAGGACUACAAGGAAGGAGCAAAAAGAGUCAAACCCAAAUAACAUCAACAUUCUCUUCCAAACUGGACUCGUUUGGUUUAAACCCAAAAUCCAGAAAUGGUGAACCGAUCGUAGUGUAUGAAUUAAACUGAAGCUCUGUUUGCAUAGCUAAUGUCUUAUCUGAAUGAGGAGGACAUGUUUUUAGAUGAAUGGGAAGUUAUGAAGUUUUUCAUAAGCGUUUGUAAUGUGAAACAACUGUACUCCACAACUCUACCUUUAUUAAAACUGGAUGACUUUGGAGUUAAAAAAGGUGUGACAUUGUGUAACUGCAGGGGGCAUUCUUUUUGUGUUUUUAUGACAAUGUUAUUGUGCAAAUAAUAUAAAUAUUUCU